AUGUGCGACACCGGCAUUGUGCCAUUGCCGGCUCGCCCAACAAGCGCCUCGACGCGAUGCACCAUAUGCCGCACGACUUUCUCUCGACCAGAGCAUCUCGCUCGCCAUCGCAAGAGCCACACCCGGGAAAAGCCCUUUCGCUGUCGGGUGUGCGGCAAGAACUUCGCCCGCCAAGACGUCAUGCACCGCCAUGCCGCAACGCAUGACAAGGACGAAAGAGUGACAGGUCUCCCCACCCGUCUCAGGGCAUGCGUGCAGUGUGCGACCAGCCGUGUCCGGUGUUCCAGGACCGAGCCCUGCGGGAGAUGUUCAGAACGGGAUUUGGCGUGUGCCUAUCCUCCGGGCAGCAGCAAGAGGACCCCCCGUCCCGCUGCUGGUAGCGGCCCACAGGAUCGGUCCUUGACACCGCCAUCUCACCCACAGGAACCCGCGCAAAACAUCGAGCAGGACGGUGACAAUCAAACGCGGCUGCAGGAGAGGAUUCCGGAUGGCACCACGGCAGCCAAUACCUCUAAUCUGGAGGCCGCUGUAGAUGCUCGGCACAGCGGUUCUGCAGCCAACCUUGAUGCUGGUGUCCGCGCCGACGACGACCCGGGAAUGCUACAGACCGUCUCCUGGCCCAAAGAGCUGCCCACUUUUGAGGAUCCUAGCAUCUUGGAACAGCGAUCAUACCAUGGUGGCUUCAGUCAACAAAAUGCUGCUCAUGAGCAGAUUGUGGACCUGCUAGCCAUGAAUUGGAGCUCGCCCGACUACUCGCAUGGAUUGGAGUGGAAUGAGAUGCUCACUUCCGGGAACCUAACUCAAAUUGAUGCAAACCAACCGCCCUUUUCCUUCCUAUUUGAGGCACCAGCGACCAUGGCAGGGUUCGGCGAUCCCCUAAUUUCCAUGGAUGACCAUACGCAGCAUCAUCCCCAAGCACAUGAGACUUAUUCUGCCGAAGUGCCACCCAGCAGUGGUACUGGUACCCUUCCCCGUCGGUUCUCGACCUGCGACCCCAGCACAGAUGGAUCAGCCCCGAGGCUGUCCGGUGAGGCCACGUCAUAUGUGGACGGAGGUGAAGCAAGAGCCCCUUUUCCUGCCCGCUCCUCCCUUCAGCACCACCAAGGGACAAAAGAUCUCGCCACAAACCCUCAAAGACCCUUCAUGGUGCAAGAAAAUGAGAGCUUAUCACCGAUCGAGGCCGGAUUCCGUCUCGUCACGCACAGUGCCUACAAUAAUAUGAUCCAACACAUCCACCGUGAAGCCACACAGCCGCUCAUCGGCAUUGACACGGCCAGGUUUCCAUCUCAUCAGCGCAUCGCAGAGCUAGCUCGCCUCUACUUCACUAACUUUCACCCCAUCUUCCCUUUCAUUCGAAAGACAGAUUUUCGCAUAGAGUCUUCCAAACAUUGGAUACUGCUCCUUGCCGUUGCAGCAAUCGGGACUAAGUAUGCACAACCAAACACUCCCGAGUCCGCCUCUGACGACGUGCUGAGUGAUACUCUCGACAUGAUACUCAAAACCCAUGUUCACAGCACUCAGGAGCAGUCGGAGGGGUGCGCAUGGAACGUGAUGUUGGACGAGCCAGAAAUGAGCCAUCUCGGCUUACCCACGCUCCAGGCGCUAAUCCUCAACGUCAUCAAGAAGCUUCACAGCGGCAAGAGAGCCUUGGCCAAGCGUGCUCUGAUCGAGAGAUACUAUCUCGUUACGGAGUGUACUCGCAUGCGUUUGCUUUCGUCCGCUGCUGACGAAACGUCAACGGGUCUCGCCGACGGCGCGAGAGGCCCGGCUUGGGUGCGGAAGCAGUCGCGACUCCGGACUGGGAUGAUGAUUUGGCUAUUGGACUUCAUGAUGGCAUAUGAGUAUAAUGCGCCCCCGUUGAUGCAGCUCGUGGACGCAAAGGGCCCUCUACCAUGUCCUGAAGAGGUCUGGGAAGCUCCUAUGGUGGGCGAGAUCCAAUCUACGGCCAACAGCUCAGUUACCCUUCUUGAUGCGGUCGAAAUGCUUUACAUCGAAAAGAGGCUCCCGGACAACCUCGGUGAGUUCACCGCUAUUCUCCUGAUCCACGCCAUCUUGAGGAGAAACAGAGAGGCCAUCAAGCAAGCACAGACCCAGCUCUCGUGCUGGAUUCCUACGGCCACAGCCCAGAACAGAACACUCCAGCUCCACAGAGACGCUGAAACAUGGCCACCGGCCACUCCGGUGCUGUCGAGAUGGCGGAACAGCGCCUGUGACUGCCUGGACAUACUCCACUGGGGCGCCAAUGCAAAGGCCGCGAGUUCUGCGGGCUGGGAGCACCCGACUAUUCUGUACCUUCAUCUUUCCCGUUUGAUCCUGCUGGCACCGACGGCCCAUCUUCACACGCUUGCAGUUUUAGCUGGGGACCCGGCCGGCAUGUCGAACCCAAAGUACGUCGAAGCACGUGCGCUGGUGCUUCGAUGGGCGAUCCAUGACUCCUUCAAAGCUCGCCUCUCGGUUGUACACGCUGGGGCAGUCUUCUGGCACGUUAGACGCUACUCCAGCGGCAGCUUCCUUGAGCCGUUCGCCAUCUACAUGAGCACAUUGGUCCUGUGGGCAUACAGCAUCUCGAUUCAAUCCGCCCAGAUGCACGGCCAGCGACAAGAUCAACGCUCUCCAGACACUACGGGUGCUUCGGGAGCGGGCAACGGCAUACUUCAACCACCAAUGGGGGAAGCCAUGCCAGCCAUGCCAGCAGCAGCAGUAGCAGAUAUAGACGAAGACCCCGACCCGUUCUUUAUCCAUCUCGACCGACCGUGUGACGACGAGAUGGUGCAGACCUACAUACGUAAGGGUUCUCGGAUCUCGGCGUACAUGGCAAGGGUUGGCAACAUCAUGGACGGCGGCGCGGCCACUAAAAUCGUGCAGGAGGGCGUCCGAGCGCUCUCAACGGCGGCGCCGAACUCAGGGUCAGCGGCUGUCGUCGGACAGGCUCACUCUCCAGGAGGUGGUGCGCCCGAGGCCACGGGUGCAUUGCGGCAAUGGGGCAUCCAGCAGUCAUUUGCAGACGUCCUUGCGUCGUUAGUCCGGGUAAUGGGAGGCCAACGCCGAGAGUGA